AUGAAGAAUGAGGUGGUUUGGUUAAGAUGGGCACAUCAUGAGCAAAUAACAAAUGCUACCAAGGUUCGGGGCCCAUCCUCUGCCCUCGUCUUCUCGCACCUGGCCUGGGUACCCCACCUCCUGGGCCACCCCGCCAAGCUCCACGUGCGGCGACGUUCCACCCGUGCAGGGCUGGCGGGCGCACGCACGCGCAGACGGUACAGACGGUCGACACCAGCCCUCCUUCCCGGGGCCCCGCCUUUCUCCGCCAAGGCGCGUGCGCGCCGCCCCUCAGGAGCCGUCUCAGCGAGGCCGGAGCAUGAGGACCACCGGCCCUCCGCUCCCGCCAUCCCCCGGGCGGGGGUGUGCGGCGGAAGGGGGGUGUCCCAGACCGCGACCCACACCUACCUACAGAGCCACGGGUGGAACAAGCACGUCGCGCUGGAAACUGCGACGGCGGGAGCAAGCGCGCGGUCCUUCGAAUGCUCUUCAGAGUCUGCAGAUGACAACGCCCUUUACGUUCGAAGAUUCGCGGCAGGACGAGACCCACACAGCCUUUUUCCCUUUUAUGAGCUUAGUCGCAGCGCGGAGGACCACUUUACGCAUGCGCCGUCAUCCUUUGUGACGUGCCGCGCUACCCUUUGGGAAAUGUAG